CGCGUCUCCUCAGUCGAUCCACGGACGCGACGGGGUGCGCAGCGAUCCACGGGAUUCUUCUCUUCCUCGGCGAUCGUUGGAUCCAACGAUCUACCGCGUUGCUGCACGUCGACGACUGCUACGAAACUCUUCGCAGAAGAUUUCCUUCGCCAGGAAAUUCGCUGGCGUUCUGUGACAAAGCUAAACGUUUCUUUACGAGUCGACGGUGAUCGACGCGCACAGUUUCGACGCUGAUCAAGGACGCUGUCGAUCGAGGAUCGAUCCUCGUUCGUUUACCAUUCAGCUGUUGCAAACUUCUUUCAUCUCGACGGGAACAGACGUCUUUGUGCAAUUGCAAUCGUGUUUGCUGCGAUAACACUCGCUUCGCCGCAGAAUACGCAACGACCGUUUAAGAAGAAAUCUGCGUUAACGACUUACAAGUCUGUUAUUAUAAGUCUGCGAAUUUGUUUAUCGGACGUCUCUUCUUUUCAUGCUCGAACGUUUUGCUCGCGUUGUUGCCGCGAAGAUUAAAUUGAACGGAGACCGUUGAACCGCGGUUUAAAAAAAGACAAUAUCGUUCGUCGACGUGCGGAUGUGACUGAUCUGUCGUGAAUAAAACAUAGUAACGUCGACUUUCGACCUGCGGUUUUAUCAUUUAUUUUUACACAGUUUUCGUAGUUGAUUUUGCACCGAGGAAAGUGAACGAUCGGUUGCGAAAAGUUGCUAAAAACUGGACCGAUACGGCACCGUUCUCAUCGGGAUAUCCGUGACGGUGAAAGCUACGUCCGAAAGAAAAACCCGGUGACACCGAAAAGAUCUCCGGCUGAGCGAAACAACGAGAAGGACGUCGCCCUUAACGAUCUCGAACGCUGCCUGCCUGUCAACGAUCUCUUUAAUAGCGCCGGAAAUACCGUUACCUCGGCCGAAUUGGAAAUCUUUCACGGUCCGGGAUCGGAAGUGAGCUGGGAGACCAGCAAAUUUUCUUGGAGGAGAAAUGGAGAUGAGGUGUCUUUGGUGGCCGGUCCUGGUGGCCGUUGCCGCUUCCGGUUCGCCGACCAUCGAGCAGCUGAAGGGCAUCUAUUCGUGGAAGUCGUUGGAAUUCGAUUUCCCGAGUGAAUCUGAUAGAAUCGCGGCGAUCCAAAGCGGAAAUUAUAUACCUGGCGCGCCGGUUCCCAUCGACGUCGACGUCUACAGUGCAGGUCAAAAGUCCAAGGUCUUUAUCACCAUACCGAGGUUUCAGAAUGGUGUGCCAGUAACCUUGGGUUACGUCACCGAUGAUGUGUCGUCGAACGCGAAUCCAAUUAUAGCACCUUAUCCUAAUUGGAGUUACAACACCAUGGGAAGCUGUGACUCCAUCACUAGCGUCUACAGGGUGCAUAUAGAUGAAAUGUCCCGGUUAUGGGUGGUCGACACGGGCAAAUUUGGCAACGAUUGGAUCUGUCCGCCGAAGUUGCACGUGUUCGACCUGCACACGGACAAGCUGAUCACCAGGUACAAGUUCCCGAAGGAUCAGUACAAGGAGGACUCCCUGUUCGUCACAGUGGCCGUGGACGUCAGAAACGAACCGUACAACGGCAACACCACCUACGCUUACAUCGCGGACGUGACGGGUUUCGCGCUGAUCGUCUACGACCACGAGCGCUCGAGGUCCUGGAAGAUCAACAACAAUCUUUUCUAUCCUUAUCCGCCGUACGGCACCUUCUACAUCAAAGGGGACACGUUCGAUCUGAUGGACGGCAUCAUCGGACUCGCUUUGAGCCCCGCCGACGACGCGGACAGGACCCUGUACUUCCAUUCGCUGGCCAGCAGAGUCGAAUCCAAGGUGCCUACCUCUGUGAUCAGGAAUCACUCUCUAUUUCAUGGCAACGUCGAAGCUUCGCCUAGGUCCUUCGUUCCUUUCGCGAACGAGAGGUCCUCGCAGUCAGCGGCGCAGGCUAUGGACCGCAACGGUGUACUCUUCUACGGUUUAAUGUCCGAUUUGGCUAUCGGAUGCUGGAACAGCAAGAAGUACCCGGAAUACGGCAGUCAUAACAACGAUAUUCUCGUCACCAAUGAGGACACGUUGCAGUUCCCUUCUGGAAUGAAGAUCAUCACCACGCAUAAGGGGAAACAGGAGCUGUGGGUGUUGUCUGCGUCGUUCCAAAGGUACAUGAGCGGCUCGUUGAAUCACACCGAGACCAACUUCCGGAUCCAAGCUGGCUUCGUGAACGAGUUGAUUCGCGGCACAAAAUGCGACUUCGCCAGCCCUUCGGGGAUACGUCAGACCUCGACAUGAAAACAAUGGCACCGCGGACAGUUCUUCAGCUAUUAUCGCGAGAGAUCGUCGCCGUUUUGGCGGUACUCGGUCUUCACGAGCAGACCGUUCCUCGCCAGCGAAUAUUAUACGUCGUCCUAUCCGCGAAAGUAUUUCUACAGCCGUCAUUAUCCUUAUUUGCGAUCUGUGGAUCACGGUUACACAGUUUUCGUCGAUCACGAUUGAUCGAACCGUACGACGGAGCAUUUGUCAUUUUCUCGAAUUUUAAUAUACCAUUGUUUUUACCGCGGUUGCUGCAAA